AUGGCGGCGGUGAUGGGCUUCUGGGAGCGCAGCACCCCGCUAGAGCAAUGGCUGGUGGUCCUGUGCAUGGCGGUGGUCAUCGCCGUCUGCAUCAUGCUCACCUACACCUUCUACUACGCACGGGAGUACAGCAAGACCGAACGACUGAAGCAGGUGGAAAUCGAAUAUUACGAGUGUGGAUCAGCCAUAUGCAACAACGCAGUGAUUGAGCUGAAGGAAACCCUGAACUUCGAGAUGAGCCCGUGCAAGAACUUCUACGAGUACGUGUGCAGCCUCUGGCCCAGUCGCUACCCAAUGCCCGACGACGCGGGGGUCUACUCGGCCAGGGACGACGUUCGAGAGCGGCAGCGGAAGAAACUCAUCCCUCCUCUUAUCAAAGGCCAGCUGGAAGACCAGAGAUUCACCGAUGAGCGCUCAGCCGUGCACCUCUUCCAAAGCUGCAACAACAUCCAAAUGCGGGCCACCGAAGGGGUCCAACCCGUGUUGGACAUUCUUCGCGGCAUGGGUCUCGGCGACUGGCCGUACUCGCCGGGCGCCGGGCUGCCCGGCGCCGAGGCCAUCGUGGAACUGGGAGCGGCCACGUACGGCUUCCCGUUCUUCCUGAGCCUGCGCGUGGCGCCCGAUCCCCGGCGCUCGCGCGAGAACCUGGUGCACGUGGACCUUCCCGAGAUGGUGCUCCACUCCAACUUCCUGCUCCUCCGAGACGUGGGCGGCUACGCGGCGCUGAUGAAGGCGUACGCCGCGUACGCCGUCCGGACACUCUCGCUGCUGGGGGUGCACGGGGCUCCGGAGCAGGUGUUCGCCGACGUGCUCCAGUACGAGAUCGCCAUGGCGGAGCAUGCCAGCCAUCGCACGCUGAGGGAGCUCACAGAGUUCAAGCCGGAGAACAUCGUAUCCCUGAAUAGCCUCGAGCCUUUGCACACAAGUGUACGACACUGCAAAGCCCUGCUGGCCAGGAUGGUGCGCGACAUCUACCAGAUUGCCGACGUUCCGAUCAGCCACUCGGAAGAGAUCCUGGUUUGGAACAUGACAUUCGUCGGGGCCCUGGAUCAAUUCUUUGAAGGCGAAAAACAGCGCUGGCUGCUCAACUACCUGGGCUGGCGGGUGGCCGAGGUCCUGGGGCCGGCGUCAAGUGUGGAGCUGCUGGGUGCCCGGCACGCCUUCUUGAUGGCCAAGUACGGCGCCGACGACGCCCCGCAGUUGGCCGUCCACUGCUUCGAGGAAGUGAGCCGCCUCCUGCCCAUCCCCAUGGGCCGCAUGGCCUUCCGGGCCCAGGCCGACGGCGCCACUUUCCAGAAGCUGAUAUCGCGUAUGGUUGCCGAAAUCCGGGCAUCGCUCUUGCUGCUGCUGGAGGGAAGCGACAUCCGCUGGCUCACGGACGAAUCGAAAGCUAUUGCCACCGAAAAGAUCCGGAAGUUGAAGCUCAUACAGCAGCCCUAUAACAGCACACUAAUCGACUGGGAAACGCCCGAUGUGCUCUUGUACGGCGAAAGCUACGUGAACAAUCUGAUCCUUCUCCAGACUUCCAAGGCCACCCAGGAAUGGAAAGGACUCAGUAGGCACAACAGCCUCGACACGGUGGCGGUGCCUCAGCUUAGAAUGAGCGUGUCCUAUGACGUCUAUCGGAAUGCCAUCGUCGUUCCGGCUCUGAUAGCGAGACCCAGCAUUCUAACACCGGAGCUCAGCCCCUCCAUCAACUUUGGCGCCUUUGGAUAUCUCGUCGCCCACGAGAUGUUGCGAGGCAUCAUGUUCAGCGGGAGCGUAAUCGACGAGCAGGGCAGUUUGCGGAACUGGCACACUCGAGCCCGCUUCGACAUCUUGGUCAACUGCUUCGGGACAAUGCUCAGGCACACCAUCACCAACGAGAUCAUGAACCGGGUGCGGUCUAGCAGCGUGGCACUAUCCCAGAUGUUUAACCGCGAGUUGAUCAUCGGGUCCACUGCACUUCCAGCUGCCUUCAAGGCUUUUCGCACUUUCAUGGCGCGCUACGAAGGCGAAUCUGAAUUCAGCGCGCUACCAAGGGUCCGCUUCACGCAGAACCAGUUAUUUUUUCUAUAUUUUGCCAAAAGCUGGUGUCACACCAAGAGGAAGACCUACGAAUCUUACUACAUUGAGGACUCCAAUGAGCCACCACCCGACCUAAGAGUCAACCAUAUUUUGAUGGAUUUCGAGAAGUUUGGAAAAACAUUUGAGUGCCAACUGGGAACCGUUAUGACGCCGCAUUUCAAGUGUGGCAGCUGGUAGAAGUGCUUAUUGACAAGCCAGUUUCACGCCAGGAAAGAUAUAAACGCCGAA